ACUUCGGACGACGUGAAUGGAAUGAGAAACUGGAAGCGAUGUGUCAAAUAGAAUACAAGCAGUAAAUUACGUGAGAAUUGGAUUCAAAGUUCCUAACUGAGUCUUCCAUAAACAAGACUUACUAAUAAUAAAGUAUAGUUGUAAAGUGUUUUUCAUAGCGAGGUCAGCGAUAAGGUGUAAAUUAGAUAACAUUAUCACAUAAAUACCCAUUGUUAUUGUUGGCAAUGGAGUUAAUUCGCUUCAGUUUUCGGAGAGCUUUAAUAGCCUACAGACCUUUACAUAGAAAUAUGCAUUUAUUAAAAAAUAAAGCGUAUGUUGAGGGCAAAUGGGUGGGUGCAGCAAGUGGGCAAGAAUUCAGUGUGCUCAACCCUGCCGAUGAUUCUGUCAUAGCAUCAGUGCCGGAUAUGACAGCUCCGGAUGCUAAAAAAGCUCUCGACGCAGCAUCUGACGCUUUCCAGACCUGGAAGUCGUAUACAGCAAAAGAACGCUCCAAGAUAAUAAGGAAGUGGUAUGAAGUGGUUGAAGCACACACUGAUGAUCUAGCCGCCAUUGUAACUGCUGAAAGUGGAAAACCAUUAUCAGAAGCUAAAGGUGAAGUAGCUUACGGCAAUUCCUUUUUGGAGUGGUUUGCUGAUUGUGCUCGUCAUAUCAAUGGAGAGAUUUUAUCUGGUCCAUGGCCCAACAAACGUAUAUUGGCUUCCAGACAACCACUUGGUGUGGUUUCCGUUAUUACUCCAUGGAACUUUCCUUUUGCUAUGAUCACAAGAAAAGUUGGAGCUUUGAUGGCUGCUGGAUGCACUUGUGUAAUCAAACCUGCUGAAGACACACCUCUAUCUGCAUUAGCAGCCGUUGAGCUGGCAGAAAAAGCUGGAGUACCAAAGGGAGUGAUAAAUGUUGUCACCUGUAGCAGGAAAAAUGCUGCAGAUGUUGGGAAACAGAUGUGUGAGGAUUCUCGUGUCAGGUGCAUUUCAUUCACUGGAUCUACUCAUGUUGGCAAAUUGCUGUAUGGACUUGCAGCAAAAGGAAUUAAAAGGGUAUCUCUUGAAUUAGGAGGAAAUGCUCCUUUUAUUGUCUUUCCGAGUGCUGACAUGAACCGUGCUUUGGAUCAAGCAAUGCUUGCUAAAUUCAGGAACAACGGGCAAGCAUGUGUUGGUGCUAAUAGAUUCCUAAUACAUGAAGAUAUUUAUGACCAAUUUAUUGAGGGUUUCAAAGAACGCAUUCAAACUCAUUGCAUAUUAGGACCGGGGACAAAAGAAGGAGUCACAUGUGGGCCCCUUGUUAAUGCUGAGCAGGUAAACAAGGUUGCUGGGUUUGUAGCAGAUGCAACACAAAAAGGGGCAAGAGUUUUGACUGGGGGCAAGAUUGCGGCCGAUCUUGGUUCAAAGUACUUUCAAUCAACACUUAUAGAUAAUGUUACACCCGAUAUGAAAGUGUUUAAUGAAGAAGUCUUUGGGCCAAUUGCAACUAUCGUGAAGAUAAAGAGUGAGAAGGAAGCUUUAGAAAUUGCUAACAACACAAACAGUGGUCUGGCUGCAUAUGUCUUUACUAAAGAUCUCGGACAAGCAUUUAGAAUGUCAAGGGAUCUGGAAUUUGGGAUGGUUGCUAUCAAUGACGGCUUACUGUCUACUGCUGAAGCACCAUUCGGUGGCAUUAAAGAGUCAGGAAUUGGUCGAGAGGGCAGUAUGCAUGGUGCUGAAGAGUACACUGAGAUUAAGUAUACUCUGAUGUCUGACCUGGAAUAAUAAAAAUGUUGCAAUAUCAAAUUAACAUAUUUUCCAGUAAAUCAAGUUUAUUUACAGUCUGGUUUUGAUUUAGUCACUUGAAUUUGCUGGGACUUUGAAAAUAAGAAAAAAAAUAAUAUAAUUAAAAAUUAUGUUAGUAUGUUGUGUUUAUAAUAGAAGAAAAAUUACAUCAAAUUAGGCUAAGUAUCAAAAUUAAACCAAAAAAAUGUAGAAAGUUGAGUAAUUGUUACAUACAUAUCAAGGAUACUCAAAGCCAAUUAAAACUGGUAGUAGUAAACAAGUGUUGCAUUUAUGAACAAGAAAAUUGUACAAUUUAAUAAAUAUUGUAUGAAGUAAUUUUAAUAUUUUGCUUGUUUUUGUAUCGUUAGAUAAAGUUAUAUGUUGUUAUUUUAGUAUUUUUGUGCCAUUGCUCAGUAAGCAUUUAUAAAUGUUGGCCAUGUUGGGGUUACAUCAGCUAUACUCAACCUGUUUUUGACUUAGGGCCAAAAUCAGUUUCAGCCAUGGGAUUGUAGGGUGUAACUGAGAAAUGAUUAAGUCAUAAAUAAAACAUAAAUCAAAGGUCAAAACAAAAAAAGAACAUCCGAACAUAGUACCUCCUUUUUUUGACGUCGGUAAAAAUGUACCUAUUCAUUUAAAAAAAAAAUACAAGUAAUUUCUUAACUAGGUUUUUGUCUUUUAACUCCCGAAUCACACGUUCUCUUAUUGGCGCGAAAUUAAAAAUAGAACAAAGCAUAGGAACUUUAUGGGCCAAUCAAAAAAA